AUGGAGUACGGUGGAGGCUCGAAACUAACCGGAAUUAGGCAGAUUGUGAGACUAAAAGAAAUACUUCAGAAGUGGCAAAGUGUCACAAUACGCGCAAAAACUGCCCGCCUAAAAAUUGAAGAAAGUAAUGGUAGCAGCAAAUCUCCAAUAAUCAACAAAAGAAUAACAGAUAUCAUAUGUUGUGACUCUGAUGAGGAAAGCUGCAAAAGUCCAGAACCACCACCUGAUGUGCCAAAAGGUUACUUGGCAGUCUACGUUGGGCCCGAGCUUCGACGGUUCAUUAUUCCAACUAGCUACCUUAGCCACUCCCUAUUCAAAUUGUUGCUUGAAAAGGCUGCUGAGGAAUUCGGAUUUGAUCAUAGCGGCGGGCUCACGAUACCGUGUGAGAUUGAGACCUUUAAAUAUCUACUCAAAUGCAUUGAGGCCCAGGAGAAAGAAGAACAGCAUGAUGACAGCUUGUCUGGAAACUCAGAAUCCGAAGAAAUCUUUGAAGAGUAA